CUCAGAAAGCUUUACUAUCUUAUACGAAAAUGGUCGGUUACUUUCUAAUGGCCACACCAAACAUCCAUCAACAUUGCUAUAAAUAUAGCUUGUUAUGUUUCAUUAGCACCGCAAAAUUUUUUUGAUGCAAAUUCUUGUUUCAGUUUACUCUGUCUUUCUUGACUCACUUGUCAACAUCAUCUCAAAAAAUUCAAAACCUUAAACAAUGGCUCCUUUUAGUUCUCUUCCCAUGUUUGCAUGCACUUUUUAUUUGGUUUUGAGCCUUAGGAUUUUCCAAGGCAUUGCAAGAUAUCAUCACCAUCAUAAUAGACACUCUCAUAGUCAUCGCGGGUCGCAAAUUUCCACGCCGCCAUCAUAUCCUCCAAGCCCGCCUCCCGAAAUCUGCUGUAAUAACGGCACUUUCGAUGUUAGAAUGUUGGGUGCAGUUGGAGAUGGCAUUACAGACGAUACGGAGGCAUUCAAAACGACUUGGGACAUCACGUGUGGGACCCACUCAGGUGUACUGCUCGUGCCUUACGGCUAUACAUUCAUGAUCCAGCCCACUAUAUUCACUGGUCCGUGUAAAAACGGGUUUGUUUUUCAGUUGAACGGGACUCUAACGCCGCCCGAUGGGCCCGACUUGUGGCCAGCGAACAACAGUAGGCGACAAUGGCUGGUUUUUUACAGAGUUGAUGAGAUGUCAUUGCAAGGAGGUGGUUUGAUUGAUGGAAGGGGUGCACAGUGGUGGGCUUUACCCUGCAAACCUCACAAGGGAGCUAAUGGGACUAUAAUACGGGAACCAUGUGACAGUCCAAUUGCCAUAAGAUUCUUUAUGAGCAACAAUUUGACAGUACAAGGGAUAAAAAUGAUGAACAGCCCCCAGUUCCAUUUGAGAUUCGACAACUGCAAGAAUGUUCAUAUAGAGUCGAUUCACAUAUCGGCUCCGGCAUUGAGUCCCAAUACAGAUGGGAUUCAUAUAGAGAACACAAACAAUGUGGGGAUAUACAAUUCAGUAAUAUCCAAUGGUGAUGACUGUGUCUCGAUAGGAUCCGGAUGCUAUGAUGUAGACAUCAGGAAUGUAACAUGCGGGCCGGGCCAUGGGAUCAGCAUAGGCAGUCUAGGCAAUCACAAGUCGCGUGCGUGCGCAUCUAACAUCACCGUACGUGACUCGGUCAUCAAGAACUCAGACAACGGCGUUCGAAUCAAAACAUGGCAAGGCGGCUCGGGAGCUGUCUCGGGAGUCACGUUCGACAACAUCCACAUGGAAAACGUCAGGAAUCCCAUCAUAAUCGAUCAGUUCUAUUGCCUUGCCAAGGACUGUGCUAAUCACACAUCCGCAGUCCGAGUGUCUAACGUGCAGUAUUCAGGCAUCAAGGGCACUUAUGACAUUCGAAGCCCCGCCAUGCACUUUGCCUGCAGUGAUUCUAUACCUUGCACCAAUAUUACCCUUUCGGACAUUGAGCUGCUUCCGGAUAAAGGUGAUGUCAUGCUGGACCCUUUCUGUUGGAGUGUUUAUGGGGAGCUGCACACACUCACAAUCCCCCCUGUUUCGUGCUUGCUCCAAGGGCUCCCAGGGUUGCUUUUGGAAACUCAACUCGGCUAUUGCUGGCCGGGGCUAAAAAGCAGAAACAGCCAUUCUCAUCCUCCUCCGCUCAGCACGCGCGCAGGCUGCCACCCACCGUGUGGGCCCCAUUGCCUUGUUCAAGAGUGGGGCGGGGCUUUGUAUAAUCUAAUCUGCAAAAAGUCUUCACUCACAAAAUUCACCUUUUUUAAAGAAAAUAAUAAUUUGAAUCCAAUAAAUUUUUCAAGGAACACUCACAAAAUUCAACUUUUAAGAAAAUGAAAAAAAAAAAUAAAUCAAAACUUUCAUCUUUUAGUGUAGAGAGAUUGUUCGGGAAAAAGCGAACGAGGAGAUAAACAAAGCUGGUCGCUCCAAAAUCAGGAAUUUUCAGAGGAGGUGUCCGGUGAGUGGCAGCUGAGUAGAUUAUCAGUAUGCAACAAUUAUUACUCUCAACCAAACACUGUCUAAUGGGAAAAAUCAGCCACAGACCUUCACCUUCUUGUCGAGGGCAAAAUUGGACAAGGUAAAAGAAGAAAGCAGUUAAAUGGAAAUAUGAUGAGAUACUUGUUACGUUUCAUGGCCGCGGCCCGAUCACUAUGAGGCCAUAAAAAAUCCAACUAAAGAAAACCCGAAAAAUUAAUGGAUAGGCCCAAAUAUGGGUGCUAAAAAGCCCAUUACAUCAUUUCUUUCAUUUUUUUUCCAACGAAC